AUGACUCGACCUGAUAUAUGUUUUGCUGUGCAGACCCUUAGUCAGUUUAUGAGUGCCUCACCAAAAUCUCAUAUAGAGGCAAUGACAUGUGUUGUGAGAUACUUAAAGGGCAAUCCUGGAUUGGGAAUAUUUCUCACUACAACAAACAGAACAGACUUGGAGCGUUUUGUAGAUUCUGAUUGGGCAACUUGUCAUGAUACAAGGAGAUCAGUAACUAGCUUCCUAAUUAAAUUUGGCAAGUCUCCAAUCCACUGGAAGUCUAAGAAGCAGCCAACAAUGUCAAAGUCAUUAGCUGAAGCAGAAUAUCAAGCCCUCAGAUCAGCUGUUUCUGAAGUCACAUGGCUGAUACGCAUACUUAAAGAUCUGGACAUUAGAGGACUUGAGCUGGUGAAAGUUUACUAUGACAACAAAGCUGCAAUUCAUAUUGCAAGUAAUCCCGUUUUCCAUGAACACACAUAG